AUGGCUGAAGCUCCUCAAGUGAUCGCGCACCGGACUCGAAGGCGCCGUUCUAGGGCAUCGAGUGAGUACCUCGGAGUCCGUAGAAGGCCGUGGGGCCGAUACGCAGCGGAGAUCAGGAACCCUUACACCAAAGAGAGGCACUGGCUAGGGACCUUCGACACCGCUGAGGAGGCGGCAGUUGCCUACGAUGUGACGGCGAUAUCCUUCAGCGGCCCUGCACGGGCGCGGACUAACUUCUACUACCCCUUCUUCGCUCCUCCCCCGCCCCCUCCUCCUCCGCCUCCCCCACCUCCGUCCCCUUCGUCCGUAGAGAGCGAAGACUAUUUGUCGGAGAUAACUGCUACUGACGAUGACGAUUCGCUGACCAUCGCCGCCAUCCUGCAGAGUUUCCGCCAUUCGACCAAUCUUUCUUCUUCCUCAUCUCUUCUCUACUGA